AAAGUGACAGCAAAAACCAAGUUGCAAAUGUCAUAAUGACAUCCGCGAAAAUAGAAAUAAAAAAAAGAAUCGCGUUUAAUUCGGUGAAAAUCUGCAAGCGAAAAGAAAAACGUAUUUCACACCGCAAUAAAUAAAAAGCAAGAAAAGAAGAAAACAAUAAGGCAAAAAGCGGGCAUCUUUCUUUUGUACAAUGGAGGACAUUUUUUUUUCGGAAAGCGAAAUGAUCUCUCCACCACGCUCGGGCCCCCCUAUUUUUACAGGGUCUGCCGUGCAGCGUAAGCGGUUUGCUGUAUCGCAGCCCUACGAAAGGCGUACAGCAGUCCCACAUUCCACCAGCGCAACGAUAUCCAACCAUGCUACUGCGGUUCCAAGUAAAUUUUUUUAUAUUUUAAUAAAUUUUAAUUCUUACCAUUAUUUUUUUGCGAGGUUGUUAAAAAAAACACUUAUUUCAGGUGAACCAGUUUCUCUGGCUGCUUUACAAAAAGAACUGAGAGAAAUGCGGAGCGAUAUCCGUGAAUCUUUGGGGGAAAUAAAGACCACCUUAAGGGACCUAGAAAGUAAGGUUGAAAGGAAUUUCAAGGACUUCAAAAAAAAGAUGCCAGAAAGAGCGGAAUUUCAGGUCCAGGGACAGCUAAUGAGGGAGGUGAAAGUGGUGAUGACAAGAGUUCACCAGAGUAUUGCGCGCAUCACGGGAGAUGCUAUGAGUCCUGAGUAUAUAGUGAUUCCCAAUAACAUCACAGGAUGCGAUUAAUACUCUG